AUGAAUGGUUCGGAUGGCCAUCAUGGCCUGGGGAAUAAUGGUCAAAUCGGAAAACCUCAGGAAGACGCUUGGCUCGGCUCAUUCCGACAGUUCAUGCCUGAAUUUGAUCCCGAGUCCGGUACGGGCACGGGCAGCCACGACCUGCACCGCAGUUGGUCUUGCUACGUGCAGACCUUCAACGACCUGUGCCAAUUGCACGCGAUUCAAGGGACCGCCGCGAAGGCGUCGUUGUUCCUGCUCCUCUGCGGGUUCAAGAUGCGCGAAAAAUUAUCCGAGUACGGCUUCGACAGUGGUUCAGCCGACUUUGAGCUCCUGGUCAAUUUCGUGGGCUCGAUGUUCGCCGAUCGGCAAGCCGUUCAGUUGAACCGGUAUCGGUUCUUCUUUGAGCACGGACACCCGCUCUCCGGCGAGAGUUCCCAGCUGUGGGUGCGUCGCUUGUGGCACUUGAGUAAAGCCUGCAACUUUGACCAGUUCUCGCCUCAAGAUGCCGUGUCCUUGCUGCUCAUGCGGCACGAUCCCAGAAUCAAGACCCAAGUGGCGGCCAAUCCCGCCCUGACCGCCAUGGAUGUGAUCCUACAAGUGGACAAGACUUUUGCCCAGGAGUUUGAGGAACACUUGCCAGGGGAGGGGGAGGAUGACGAAACGCAUACGCCCAUCAACGUCGAUCUUCAAUGGGGGGAUGACGAGACGGGACACCACGACCACGAUAACGACAGCUCGUCCCAGCCCGUGGCCUCGGUGGACUCCAUGAAACUGGAGCUAGAUGACGUGUCCAAAGAGUCGGGCGGCACCUUCAUGGGGCAUCCCGAGGAAAACUCGGACGGGUCGAUGCACAUCUUGCCCCCGGAUCUGUCCAAACUCAAACCCGUGGCUCCCAAAUCAUCUGGCCCGUCAUCUUCGCCGGCGAAUAAGUCGGCGUGCUCAUGCCCCAAUUGCGAAAGUGCCCCGCCCGGCGUCCGUCCAGCCCGCCAUAAAUGCCAUUUCCAAGGGUGCGGCAAGGAAUAUACCAAGACGAGCCACUUGAAGUCGCAUUUAAACUCUCAUAGUGACGUGUUGCCCUUCGGGUGCACCCAUUGUGACAAACGCUUCUACCGAUCCGAUCAGUUAACUCGACACGUCCGAAUUCACACGGGCGAGAAGCGCUAUUGGUGUCAAGUUUGUCAUAAAGCCUUUUCUCGGUCCGAUCACUUGACCAAGCACGCCAAAACCCACAAAGACCAAGAUGUCUCGGCCAUCAUCGGACAGGCUCAAAACAAUCCUAACGAGCCCAGUAACCAUCCUGGGGGGCAGAUGAUGGGUCAUUUGGUUCAAUAGUAGUAACUAGCUAGCCCACGAAUACAUUCACGAGUAAGGGUUUCAGACCAACACAAACAAGCACAAAGUACGCACGUACGUACAGCAAAGCAAAGCUCUCUCUCUCUCUCUCUAACUCUCUCUUCUUUUCAAUGUCAUUCAUCUCAAAGGCUAAACCAUGAAAUAUAAAAUGUACUGGAAACGUC